GACGUCCGUUUGUGAUGACGCCGCACAGCUGAUCGUCUGACAGCAGCCAGAUCAGUGCAUGCGCUGCAUCGUCCAAUCAGUGAGCGAUACACAGUAAGGGGGCGGAGCGAGUGUAUGAGGAUUUCACCAGAGGAUGGUCUGGUAGUUCCUCGAUUAUCGCUCCUCCGUUAUCACUCCAAAAAUAAGGCCACUGGGACGGUACUCAAGAUGGCGCAGACAAAUCAACUUCCGGUGAUACCGAGCCCGAGGAGCGAGGAAAUGAAAAAUGACCGAAGUGAGACGCACCCAUGGACUUCACGCUGGCUGUCAGGCACAUGGGACGAAAUGAACUGGCAACAAGACAAGGGAGGCAGAAUCUAUAUACAGGCAGGCUAAGGGGGCACAGGUGCAGACAAUUAGGGCGGGGUCGACAAUCACAGUGGAGGGAAAACACACAAAGGGAGGAAGUGAGGAGUCGCAGUCUGAGGACCCCGGCCAACAUAUUCAUCAUUAACUUGGCGAUCACCGACCUGCUGAUGUGCGUCACUCAGGCGCCCAUCUUCUUCACCACCAGCAUGCACAAGAGGUGGAUCUUCGGAGAGAAAUGCUGCGAGCUGUAUGCGUUCUGUGGCGCUCUCUUCGGGAUCUGCUCCAUGAUCACGCUGAUGGUGAUCGCCAUCGACCGAUACUUCGUCAUCACCCGACCUCUGACCUCCAUCGGGGUGCUGUCACGAAGACGAGCGUUCUUCAUCCUCAUGGGCGCCUGGACCUACUCGCUGGCCUGGAGCCUGCCGCCAUUCUUCGGCUGGAGUGCGUAUGUCCCUGAGGGUCUGCUGACGUCCUGCAGCUGGGACUACAUGACCUUCACCCCGUCGGUGCGAGCGUACACCAUGCUGCUCUUCAUCUUCGUCUUCUUCCUACCACUCUUCAUCAUCAUCUACUGUUACUUCUUCAUCUUCCGCGCCAUUCGCAGCACCACCCAGGCUGUGGGGAUGUCUGGCAGCAUCCACAGUCACGGCAGCACUCGGGACUCGAAGAAGAAGUUCCAGCGUGUGCAGAGCGAGUGGAAGUUGGCGAAGAUCGCUCUGAUCGUCAUCCUGCUGUACGUCGUGUCCUGGUCCCCCUACUCCGCCGUCGCUCUCACCGCCUUCGCAGGGUACGCAGACAUGUUGACCCCCUACAUGAACUCUGUGCCCGCCGUCAUCGCCAAGGCUUCCGCCAUCCACAACCCCAUCAUCUACGCCAUCACACACCCAAAAUACAGGAUAGCGUUAGCGAAGUACAUCCCCGGUUUCGGCACUCUGCUCUGCGUCCAUCCUCGAGACCUCCGCUCCGCCAGCAGCAGCUUCGUGUCGACGCGCCGCUCCACCGUCACCAGCCAGACCUCCGACAUCAGCAGCCACGUGAAGUCACAGAGCUACAGCAAGUCCCGCCUCUCCUCCGUCUCCGACAGCGAAUCGGGUCUGACAGAUAUCGAGGCUGAUGGGUCCAGCAUGGGGUCGCGACCCGCCAGCCGCCAGGUCUCCUGUGACAUCAGCAGAGACACCGCUGAGCUCCCAGAGUUCAAACCCUCCGCCAGCUUCACGUCCAAGAUCAAGAGCCACGACUCGGGGAUAUUCGAAAAGACGUCCUGUGAUCCUGAUAUUUCCACGGCAGGAGUCAGUGAACGCAGCAGUGUCCCAAAUACAGAAGUGGCGGAGGUACACGUGAGGAGAGGCACGAUUGGUCGAAUCCCGAGCAUCGUCAUCACCUCGGAGUCCAGCCCUUUCCUUCCCAUUGGACGAAACGGCUCCUGCAAUGGCCGAUCAAAGACAGCCAAUCACAGCAACACAGGGGAGGGGCCUGGGUAGAGCUCACGUCCAAUCAGAUGUUUAGAAAUGUAGGCGAAAUUCAACUGAAGCGCAGAAAGAAAAUAACAGAAAGUGAAGACGGUUUCUCAUUAUUUUGAGUAGGUUUCUUAAAAUAAAUGUUACACUUAAAUAAGUCAUUAUUUUAAAGAUAGUAAGUCAUUAAUUUGUUAUUUUUUACUAUAUAAUAACUUACAGGAUUUUAUUUUUCCAUCACGACACUAAGUUUUCAUCUUUAUUUUUCCUUAACUGCCGCCAAUGAACUUACAUACUUUCCAAACCAAAGCUAGUUCUUACCGAUGAAAUGACAACAGACAGUUUGAGUGCUUUCACUUAAAGCAAAACCUUGGCUUUAACCUGUUUUUAUGUCAUAAACACAGGUAAGAAAACACUUUUAGAUCAGACUUAAACAAUGGACCAGUACAAAAUGCAGUAAAUUAUUGUAAGAAAAAUCAAAAACAUCCCCUAAAAUACUUUAAUGUGUUUAUUACAAAAGCUUACAAAAGGCCCUUCACACUUACAUUGUGUUUUUAGACCUUACCAUUAAUAUAAUAGUCCACACAGUCCUAAGAAAGAGGUAUAAUCACCUCACAACUUUUUUACUUAAGGUUUAACCCAAAGAAAACCAUGUUUCUGCCCCUGAUUUAAUUUAGAUAAUAUUUGUACAUUUUCCCUUUGGGGUGAGGCCGCUGAGCCCUUAACCAAAAGUUUUCUUGUGUUUCAGGCAAGUCAUAAAUAUGAGAUGACUGUUUUUCUACAAAAAAAUUCUGUGGUUUUCUGUUUUAUUCUAGACGUGUGCUUUUUCAUUUAUCUUUGCUUCCAGCUCAGUCCUUUGUCAAAGGUUUGUUUUUCAAUAAGUAGAUAUAAAAACGUGCAAUUGACCAUUCAUAAAAAGACAAUACGUAACAACCGACAAACAGAAAAAUUAUUAUUGUAACAUGUUACAAAACAUUCUUUAUCUAUAAAUCCUAGUUUCAGAAACAUUUUUACCCACUUAUCUUUAGCACAAGAUUAUGGAAAAACAUCAUUUUGAAAAUAUACAUUUUCACUUGGAGCUAGGCUAGCAUUUUCACCUGCUUCCAGCAAGCCCCCAGGAAGUGAGCCGGACUCUGUGCCCAACAUCCGUUGUGUCCAAACGGCGGUACUGCAACUCCUGUAUCAGUCCGUGACGUCACCCGGCCCAAAACAACUUUUUCCC